AUGGCCAAUAAUCGGUUGGCGAGACUGUGCACAAUUUGCGGCGAUACGGCCAUGGGUGUCAACUUUGACGCUCUGACCUGCGGCUCCUGUAAGGCGUUUUUCCGGCGCAACGCACCAAAAAACUUAGAAUUUAAAUGCAAUUUCAAUAACGAUUGCAAAAUUGAUGUCAAAUCGCGAAAGUUUUGCAUUAAAUGCCGACUCGACAAGUGUUACGCUAUGGGAAUGAAAAAAGAUUACAUACUGAACGACGAGGAGAGGCACAAGCGGUACGAAAAACUAAUGGGUAUUCCGCGCAAAAAGGGCACCAAAUGUACGAAAACACCCGAUAGUAGUCCCGAAAGUGACUACAGGGUGACCGACGCAUCGCCAACCGAAGCGUACUCUAUGGUAGAACAACCUGUAGUCAAAUAUAACAAUCAAUUGGCAAUAAAUAGCGACAGCAAUACCGAUGGUGAAAAUGAGGAGAACCCUACACCUCAUCUAAUAUACCGGAUCUACGCCAACCCUAUGGGACAAUUAAACAGACCGCGUAGACCUCUAACCGACUACGGGAACCAACUGAACGAGUUGGAGGGCAGACGAUUGACCGAGUUGUUAAACGCUAUGCACAUCUACACGGAGACUGUGGUUCCGGUGACCGAGUUUGCUGUCAAAAGUAACAAUGUAAUGACUUUUCAGAUCGAGGCUAGAAUAUGUAGCUUGAUCAAAAUGGCCAAAAAUUUGACGGCAUUUAAUGAGCUGUGCGAGAAUGACCGUAUUUCGCUGAUUAAACAUGGUUGUUUGGAUAUGUUUUAUUUGCGCUGUGUGCCCGAUUUUGAUUACCAAGAUAAUCAUUGGACAUUUACUAUGUUAACCGCAAUCAUACUGUUUAGCCCUAAUAGGCCUAACUUAAUAAACAAGCCAUUAAUUAAAUUACAACAACGAAUAUACAUGUAUUUACUGCAACGGUAUCUACUAUUGAGGUACCGGACGGACGGGGUGUCGGGCCUAAAGUACCGGAAACUAUUGGUCAUGAUAAAUCAGUUAGAGUCAUUGGUCAUUUUAAAAAUGAAUGCC